AUUCCAGCCUGGCUAGAGCAAGCUCUGAGGCCAGAGCCAGCUCCGAGGCCAGAUCCACUGAGCCCAAAUUCCACCUGCACCCACACCUCCCCGAUUGCCCCCUCCCUACCCUGAGCUUGCCCUUUCUGAAGCCAUCAUGUCCGUGACCAAGAGUGCUGGGAGUCCCCAGGUAGCCACCACGGUCAAGCUGGACCUCGUGUCGUCUCCUGAGAGUACCAAGAAGGUGGAGAGCCAGGAUCCUAGUCUCAUGAAUGGGAACUCUUCAGAGACAUCAAAGAAGACCAAGGGCAUAACAGGGUUCCAGACAUUGGUUCAUCUGGUCAAAGGCAACAUGGGCACAGGGAUCCUGGGGCUCCCCCUGGCUGUGAAGAACGCAGGCAUCUUGAUGGGUCCGCUCAGUUUGCUGGUGAUGGGCCUCAUCGCCUGCCACUGUAUGCACAUCCUGGUCAAGUGUGCCCAGCACUUCUGCCACAGACUCAACAAGCCCUUCAUGGACUAUGGGGACACAGUGAUGCACGGCCUGGAAGCUGGUCCCAACGCCUGGCUGCGAAACCACGCCCACUGGGGGAGGCACAUCGUGAGUUUCUUCCUCAUUGUCACCCAGCUGGGCUUCUGCUGUGUGUACAUUGUGUUUCUGGCGGACAAUUUAAAACAGGUAGUAGAAGCUGUUAAUGGCACAACCAUCAGCUGCCACUACAACGAGACCCUAGUUUUGACGCCCACCAUGGACUCGCGACUCUACAUGCUUGCCUUCCUGCCUGUUCUGGGCCUUCUGGUCUUCGUUCGGAACCUCCGUGUCCUCACCAUCUUCUCCCUGUUGGCCAACAUCAGCAUGCUGGUCAGCCUGAUCAUCAUCGCCCAGUACAUCGUCCAGGGAAUUCCAGACCCCAGCCAGUUGCCACUGGUAGCAAGCUGGAAGACCUACCCUCUCUUCUUUGGAACAGCCAUUUUCUCAUUUGAAAGCAUCGGUGUGGUCCUGCCUCUGGAAAACAAGAUGAAGGAUGCCCGCCGCUUCCCAACCAUUCUGUCUCUGGGGAUGUCCAUCGUCACCUCCCUGUACAUUGCCAUCGGGGCCUUGGGCUACCUGCGGUUUGGAGAUGACAUCAAAGCCAGCAUCACUCUUAACCUGCCCAACUGCUGGCUGUACCAGUCGGUCAAGCUCCUGUAUGUUGUCGGCAUCCUGUGCACCUACGCCCUGCAGUUCUACGUCCCGGCGGAAAUCAUCAUCCCCCUUGCUGUUUCCCAGGUGUCCAAGCGCUGGGCACUGCCUGUGGAUUUGUCCAUCCGAAUCGCCAUGGUCUGCCUCACAUGCACACUGGCCAUCCUCAUCCCACGCCUGGACCUGGUCCUCUCCCUGGUGGGCUCCGUGAGCAGCAGCACCCUGGCCCUCAUCAUCCCGCCCCUGCUGGAGGUGACCACCUACUACGGGGAGGGCUUGAGCCCCCUGACCAUCAUCAAGGAUGCCCUCAUCAGCAUCCUGGGCUUCGUGGGCUUCGUGGUGGGGACCUACCAGGCCCUGGAUGAGCUGAUUGAGCCCGGGAACUCUCUCCCCGUGUCCAAUGCCACUGUGUUUAUUCAGUGACAGAGCCUCCCUCACCCAUGGUGACGUACGGUGUCUAUUGUUUCACCUUUUCUCUGGUCUAAGACGUGAAGAAACAAGACUCACCAGAUACAAGGUGUAGCUUGUCAUUUAAAAAAAACAAAAGCAAAACAAAACAAAGCCAAAAGCAAACCUUGCUCAUCCUCGAGUCUUCCUCACAGUGGAGAGCUCUCCUAUGGAAGCUUUUGGAUUCCACCCUCCUGUUUCUGGUCCUUUAUCGAAUUUCAUACCUUGAGUGGAGCUAUGCAAAAAGCAGCCACUAGGGGGCAGCAAGGGCCAGCUUUUGGAGAUCUCCGCCGGCUCAACCUUUGGUAAACAGGUCACAUCCUUUUCCUGGCAGUGACUGGGAACACUUAUGAUGCUCACCCCAGCAUCAAGAUAAAAGGGGCUGAGGUGAGUCACAAUGCUCAGGCAAAAAGACACCGUCUGUGUUACAGAUAAGGGCAUUGAACUUUCUAGACCACUGAAGUUUUAGCCCAACUCAGAAGUCCAGCAGUGAGUAAGAAAAAUGCCGGGUCAAGCUUAUGAGCCAAGGGCAGCAGACACAGACAUCACUGGAGUAGGUUUUUAUUUCUAAAUUCUUGCAAUGAACAUCCUCGAUUACCUACUGGGCACAGACAUAAUACACGGUUCUUAUAUAAUAGUUUAAAAGUUUUAUAAAUACCUGUGACAAUGUAGUGUGGCAUCUUGGUCUACCAAAUGGUGGUCUACAUGUCACCUUGUAACUGGCUUUGGCCAACAGUAA